GUGUGCACCAUGUUUCCUUCACAGUAGAAGUGUUGUAAAAACCCAUUCCAACUUGAUUCUUCGUGACUUCAUCUUCAUUCCAACCCUUUUUGAAUACUCAGCAACUUUCUUGAAAUGUCUCAAUACCAGCUUCCCAUCCUCCCACUCCCCCUUUCCUCCAGGAAAACAGAAGCCUCUCACCCCUCUCCGGGAUCCCUCACCCCAGAACAAAUCGAGAAAGACAACAAAUCCUACUAUGCAGCCGACGGCCCCUCGCAUACCAAUACUACUCAAGGCACAUCUCCCAAGACUGAACCACAGGGUGGUAAGGCAGGACCUCGCGUCGGAGGAACAACCAGCGGGCCACCUCGCUUUGACGCAUACACAAUCAGAAGGGGCCCAGGGGGUGCAUGGCUGAUCACUUGUCCAAGCGAUAUGGCGUUGAAGUCGUGGACUGGGAAUGGGGCGCAGUUUAGGAUCAAGAAGAGGUCCCGGCGUCGUUGUUCUAGCCGCGACUGCCCGAGGGACUCUCCUGUCUGCAGUUCGACACAAUCAUAAGUGUGAAUGUUGGCGUGACCCGUGGACUAUGUGUUCCAAAUCUAUCCAAAGUCAGUUACGGUUGCUAGACC